AACGUUUUCCAGUAUUUUGUCUCUGGAUCGGACCAAAGCCUCUGGUUUUUAUUCAAGACCCUUCUGAUAUUCAGGCCAUAUUGAAUAACUCCAAAUCCAUCAAUAAGGGAUAUGAAGCCACGAAGAUUAUAUUUGGAGAAGGGUUAAUCAUGGCACCAGGACCUAAAUGGAAGAAAUCUCGCAAGCUCAUAAACCCGAUUUUUCACCCCUCAAGUCUCAAAAAGAUGGUGCCUGUAUGGAACGAUAGUAGCUCUAGGCUGGUGGAGCAACUUGACUCACAAGUGAAUUGUGGACCAAUUGACCUAUUUCCACAAGUAGUGGCAGCAUCUAUUAGGUCAAUAUGUGGUAUUAUGUUUGGUCCUACAGGUGUUUAUAAGACAGAUGAGAAUUCAAUUAAUGCUGGGGUUGAAUGUAUAAAUAUCGCAAUGGAUCUUGUUGCAAGAGAUGCUUUACCAUCGCACCUUUUGCAGGCUUUGCGUGACGUCAUGACUGAAGAUGAGUUACAAGACGAAAUGAAAACAUUAUUUGGAACGGAGGAUCUCUACAAUGAAAUAAUAACAUAUACGGGUGACCAGUCACAAGAGGUCCAGUUAGAAGAUCUCGACAACUUGCAUUUACUUCACAGAGUCAUCAAGGAGACCCUUCGUAUGUUCCUGGUGGUUCCUCUGGUGCCUAGAAAACUCGACGAGCACUUUACACUGAGAGGAUGUACAUUCCCGAAGGGCGAAACAGUAAUACUAAGCAUCGCCGGUCUACAUUAUGAUCCAGAGGUGUAUCCAAACCCUGGACAGUUUGAUCCAGACAGGCAUUGUAUAGAGGAAGUACAGAAAAGACAUCCAUACUCAUUCCUUCCCUUUGGAGGAGGUCCCAGAAACUGUAUUGGCAAAAACUUUGCUUUUCUGUCUCUGAAAAUAAGUCUGAUACACAUUCUAAAAGCUUUCAAGAUCACAAGCAAAGUAAACAUUGAAGAGUUGACCUAUGUUUAUAGAACCACGUUGGCAUCUGUGGAUGGAUAUUUUGUGGAGCUCCAAAGAAGAGGAGCGUAGUUUAGGGUUAACUUUGCU